AUGUUGAAGAUGGCGUGUCUAUUUCAACUUAUAUUUCUUUGUUCGUUGGGUCUUACUGUUGCUGGUCAAGAAUCCAUUGAGCUCCUACACCUCUGUGAGACAACCCAUGACAUUUUUGAAGCCUCAUCACACGGUGAUCUUCCCUUAGCUGUUUCAGUGAGUGCUAUAGAUCUCAAUGGGGUCUCUAGCAGCAUUUUAUUUGCUGAAAGGUGGCUCAGGUCAAACGUUCUUGAACAUUACCCUGCGGCAAAAAUCACUACCAUUGUUGUGGGAAGUGCUGCUUUCUGCCAAAAAGACCAACAACAGAAUCUCCUUAUGGUUCUCUCAUCUUUGAAGAAUGUCCAUCACUCCCUGAGGAGGUGGGGUUUGGAGAAAGACAUCAAAGUCUCUGUUUCUUUUCAUUUGGACUGUUUGAGUCUAAGCUCAGCUUCUUAUAAUGAUGAUUUGAAAAUGGUAAAACCUAUGAUAGAGUUUCUCCAAAGUGUAAACUCCACAUACUCUAUAAUCCCACCACAUUCAGGGUUCUCACAUUUUUCGGAUAAAAGUUUGAGCUUGGUGUCUUCUCACUUGGAUUCCAUGAAAAAGUUUGGAUUUUUCCAUCUCAACAACAUAAAUGUUGUAGCCAUUGUUCCAAAAGGGAGAAAAACCAUAACUAGAAAGCUUUCAGUUGUAGAUUCCAGCCUAAUAGGGCCAUUCCCAGUAAGGCCAACUCCAAUGCCAGAAAUCGCUGAGCCCCCAUUGGAUUUCUCUGUUGGUUACCCUGCUCCUGCAAAUGUAGCCAAAAAACCUUUGCCUCCUUUAGCUCAAGUAGUUUCUUCUCCCCCUCCAAUGUCUUCUCCCACUUUUGCCCCUGAAGAACCACCAUUCGUUGUUCCAGCUAGUUCGCCUCAUGGUUUCACUCUGCCACCUUGUAAUCCAAUUUACAAUGGCUCACCUUAUCCACAAAUAAUCCCGGUCCAGAAACUGUGGUGUGUGGCAAAGCCUACUGUUCCAGAAGAAACACUGCAACAGGCUUUGGACUAUGCUUGUGGAGAGGGUGGUGCUGAUUGUAUGGACAUUACGCCGCAGGGAAACUGUUACGAUCCUGACACCGUGAUUGCUCAUGCUUCUUAUGCCUUCAACAGUUACUGGCAGAAGCAUAAGAGAAAUGGUGGAACAUGCAGCUUUGGAGGGACUGCCAUGUUAAUAAAUACUGAUCCAAGUUUCCUUCACUGUCGGUUUAUUCUCAGCUAG